GGCAGUAGCCUGGCAGCCUAGCGGGCGCAGAGGCGCUGUAACGUUGGUGGGUGUGACAGCUGAAGUUUGCUGCGCCGCUUCGUGACGUGGAACAUAACUGAAGUCCACCACAGUGUCUCCACACUACACAGACAUGUCCUCUAACAUCUGAUCUGACUGUCCACAGAUCAGCAGGGCCAGCUCCCGCUCCCGCCCCGAGGCUGCUGGAACAAAGCCGUUUCCCCUACACACACACACACACACACGGAUCUGGGAGCCCAGGCAGAGGGGAUGACGCUGCAGGGGUCAGUAGACAGCAGUGGCUCCAGGUUCACUCCUCUGGUGGUGCUGGAGCUGGCCUCAGACACCAAGGAGGAAGCCAUUGCAUGGCUACUGAGCAGGAUAAGAGACAAACAGCAGAAUGGAGGUGCUGAGCUGCUGGUGGACCAGCUGGGCCCUGGGGCCGGGGCUCAGGAGAAGGAAAACCCUAACAUGUUUCUGGUGGGAGCUACGCAGCAGAGGCUGCUCUCCGGUGCUGAGGAGGUGGGGCUCUUCAAGGAGUUCAAUGAUGGAUCCAUGAGAGGCUUCACCUUCGCCAACAAACACAACUUCACAGACUUUAAAGGGGACGGGGACAGCUUCCUUAGCAUGGCCGAGUGUCAGUACAUCAUUAAGCACGAGCUGGACACAUUAAGAGCCAAAGAUGAGACUCAUGUACCAGGACACACCCAGGCCAAGCUCUACCCGGGGAAAUCCAUCAUUCGCAGACUGCAGUCCAAGGGGAUCCUGGUCCAGAUUUUUCCUCUGCACGAACAGGAGGAACUCAAGAGACUGUGUUUUUCUUGGUACAAAAAGGUGAAGUUGUCCUUUCAGCCUCUCGAUAACAUCAGACACUAUUAUGGUGAGGGUCUGGCCCUCUACUUUGGCUUCCUGGAAUACUUUACCUUUGCCCUGGUGCCUAUGGCUCUCAUUGGAGUGCCUUACUACGUGUUUGACUGGGAGGACUACGACAAAUAUGUUGUCUUUGCUGUGUUCAACUUGGUCUGGUGCACUGUUAUUUUAGAGUUAUGGAAGCGUUGCAGCUCCUCACUAGCUUACCAAUGGGGCACACUGAGCAGGAAGAAGGCCUUUGAAGAGCCUCGUCCCGGUUUCCACGGCGUCCUUGGGUUCAACCCCGUGACGGGCCGCGAGGAGCCUCUCUACCCCAACGCCAAGAGGCUGCUACGCAUCUACCUCGUGUCCCUGCCCUUCGUCCUGCUCUGCCUCUACCUGUCCCUCUAUGUCAUGAUGAUCUACUUUCAGAUGGAGGGAUGGGCACUGUCAAUCCACGACGAGGACCCCACAUUCUGGACGGGAAUUCUGUUAUUCAUCCCCAGUAUUAUCUACGCUGUGGUCAUAGAGAUUAUGAACCUCAUCUACAGAUACGCUGCUGAGUUCCUCACUGAGUGGGAAAAUCACAGGCUAGAGUCUUCAUAUCAGAAUCACCUGGUCCUCAAAGUAUUAGUAUUCAACUUCUUCAACUGUUUCGCCUCACUCUUCUACAUCGCCUUUGUGAUGCAGGACAUGGUGCUGCUCAGACAGAGUCUGGCCACAUUGCUGAUCACCAGUCAGAUCUUGAAUCAGUUCAUGGAGGCCUUCCUGCCUUACUGGCUUCAGAGGAGACGCAACAAGAAGUCGAUCCGCAAAGUCCAGAACAGACAAACUCUGGGCGAAAAAGAGCUUCCUCUGACCGAUCAGGUCCGGCUGGAGGCCGACAUGAGCACGUACCUGGGUACGUUUGACGACUACCUGGAGCUGUUCCUGCUGUUCGGUUAUGUCAGUCUGUUCUCCUGCGUCUACCCUCUGGCUGCCGUGCUGGUGGUGUUGAACAACAUCACAGAGGUUUACUCUGAUGCCUUCAAGAUGUGCCGUGUGUUCAAACGACCCUUCUCUGACCCGGCAGCAAACAUAGGCGUCUGGCAGCUCGCCUUUGAGGCCAUGAGUGUGAUAGCUGUUGUGACCAACUGUGCGCUGAUCGGCAUGUCUCCACAAGUCAAGGCUUACUUCCCCGAGUCAGAGACACAGCUCAUACUGUGGACGGUGGUCAUUGAGCAUGGGCUGCUGGCCUUCAAGUUCAUCCUGAGCUUCGUCAUCCCAGAUGUCCCCAAACACAUCCAGAUCAAACUGGCCCGCCUGGAGUUUGAAUCUCUGGAGGCUCUCAAGAAAAAGAGACAGGUCCAUGGAGGGUGAGUAGCUCUGGUUAUG